CACACACACACACACACACACACACACACACACAUACACAUGCACACACUCGCAGAAAAAGGAAAAAAAAGUCUACACAGCUAUCGUGCGCACAGCUCACAAAGAGAAAUAGUAUUGGAGAGGCAGGGCAGCAGGGCAGAAGUGCAGAUUAAAAAGAGCCCAGAGAAACUAUUGCUCUAAGCCCUGACAUACAACUACAAGACCUCCAGAGUAAAAAUGUUUGGACUGAAGCAGUGGACAUGGGUGGCUGCAGUGGCACUCCUCGUGCUAACAGUGAUGGCAGCGGGAGGAGGUAAAGCAGAAAAACAAGGAAAGAAAGAGCGCAAGUCAGACUGCGGGGACUGGCAGUGGAGCGUGUGUGUGGCCAACGAGGGCGACUGCGGACUCGGCACCAGGGAGGGAACUCGCACCGGCUGCAAGCAGACCAUAAAAACCCAACGCUGCAAGAUCCCCUGCAACUGGAAGAAGAAGUUCGGAGGGGAGUGCAAGUACAACUUCCAGGCUUGGGGCGAGUGUGACCUGGCGACGGGCAAGAAGAACAGGACGGGGAUUCUGAAACGAGCGCUCAUGGAUGCGACCUGCGCCACCACCGUCACGGCAACUAAGCCAUGCGGGAAAAUKCCCAAGACCAAGCUGCAAGAUGCAAAGAAGCAAAAGAAGGAAGGGAAGAAGCGUCCCCAAAUGAACUGAUGAGGAUUUUCUGAGCCUGGAAAAUGGAAGACGACUGUGGAAUGAUGUCCUCUGCCUUAUUUCAAUGUGCUUUCUGUUUAUAUGUCCUGUAGCUUGACAGUAGGGGCCUCUGUAGCUUUGACAAAACCAGUGGAAACAAGCCUUUUUUAGUGAAAAUGUAUUUUUUUUUCCUUUUUGUUUUUAGCAACCAGAUAAAAAACACAACUUGUACUUUGCCUUAGGAGACAGUUCACAGUGGUAGGGUCGGAUAAUGAGAAGAUCUGUUUACCAGUUUUCUCAUUUAAUUAUGUUAUCUGUUGGGUUAUUUUCUUAAGAGCAAAUUGCCUCAGAUUUGUUUUACACUAUAAACAGCCCAGCUCUAAUUUGGACACAAACCCACCCUUUUUGAGCCUGUGCCCUGGCUUAAUGAAGCAGUUUGCUAAAAGUACGGCUUCAAAUAUCUCCACUUAAUUAAAUAGAAAAAGAAAAAAUAAAGUCAUGCAUUUGCAAUUUUAAGUGACCUAAUUUAACACUUUUACUGUUAAACAAACAGGUCAAUUUACAGCAAAAAUCGCUUCUGUCAUAAAGUUUUAUCUCCUGCUGCUCUUCUGUACCUCAGUUUACAACCACACAUUGUUAACCCUUUCUUUCUCUUUUUAAUUCCUGUCCUAGGUCAAGAUUUAAAACCUAACAUCUUGUACUCUUCUCGGUAUAUUUGCUAAAUUAAAAAAGAAUCAAUAAAAGUUUGAAAACAAAAGA